AAUCACGUGACUUGGUCUGUUCGCUGCGAGUCCAUUAUUAGAAUACUGAUGAAUCACGGUUCUCAUUCAGUUUAGAUGCGGUCAGAAGCGACAUAUAAGUAUGAGGAACCUUUCCUUCAUUUGUUGGAUUUUAUUACUCGUGGACGUUUCUCCAUCUGGUCAUGUCAAAACCAAUGAUGAACACAACAUGGCAAGGAUAGAGCAGUAUUCUGGCAUGAAUGUGUUUUGUUGCUGUGGCAGAUGGAGUGAAGACGGUGGUAGUGGUGGAGGGAGAUUCUGUCACUUUAAACACUAAUGUUACUGCAAUACAGCGGGAUGAUACCAUACUGUGGAUGUUUGGAGAUGAUGAUAACUCUAUUAUAGCUAAAAUGAAUGAAGCAGCUGGAAUUUUCUCUGCCAAUGAUAAUGAGAGAUUCAGAGACCGACUGGAGCUGGACAAACAGACUGGAUCUCUGAUCAUCAAAAACAUCAGAACUGAACACACUGGACUUUAUCAACUAAAGAUCAAGAGCACAACUGAGAUAUCGAAGAAAUUCAGUGUUACUGUCCGUGAUGAUGUGCAGUCAGUGUCACUGAUGGAGGGAGAUUCGUUUACUCUACACACUGGUGUUAUUAAAAUACAAGGAGGUGAUCAGAUUGUGUGGAAGUUUGGAGGCCAAGGCACUCUCAUUGCUCACUUAAAUGGCACUACUGAUGCUAGAUGGAAAAACAUGAUCAAACUGAAUGAUCUUACUGGAGACCUCACCAUCAGAAACAUCCAAACUGAACAUUCUGGAGACUAUGAUCUGGAGAUCAACAACAGCAGCAUGAUCUUACACAAGAAAUUCCAUAUUGCAGUUAGUGAGCUCCCCCCGCGUUCACAUUGGGAGACAACUGGCCCAGUGUUGGCAGGAAUUGUUGUUAUCUUAAUCCUGAUCGGAAUUGGAAUCUGUAUUGGGCUCAAGAUGGGUUGGUUUGAAAUAUGUUGGCCAUGUAAGAAGAAUGGUGAAACAAAUGAAGUGCUAUAGGAGGCAGCAGCUAAACAAUGACCAACAGCAGUAGGUCAUAGUCAGUUCACAUUAGAGUUUGAGAAUCAACCAUAUGUGCACUGUGAAAGGAGUUAAGACUUUUUUUAUUUGAAAUGUAUAUAUAUAUAUAUAUA